AUGGCCUCAACCUCCGGAUCAACAAAGGCCCCCACUGCGGUCGCCUUUGACUCCUUCUUCAACAUCAUUGGGGGCGAGCGGGAGAGCGGCUCCAGCACAUUCCAAGCCGCAAACCCGUCCACGUUGGCCGAGAACCCGCCGGCGCCCCUCUCAUCCAAGGAUGAUGUCGACCGAGCCAUCGCAGCAGCCAAGGCUGCUCUUCCGGUCUGGGCCGCCACGCCGGUCGCUGAGCGACAGCAAGCAGUGAUCCGCCUGGCAGACGCUCUUGCUGCGCAGACGGACGAUUUUGCGACGAUGCUGGUCAAGGAACAGGGAAAGCCCCUGCCCAUCGCCAAGGCGGAAGUCGCCAACGCUGUCGCGGUGCUCAAAGGCGUGGCGAAUCUGUCGUUCCCUGCAGAGCAGGUCAUAGAAGACACUCCGAAGCGUCGGAUCUCAUCGAGAUAUGUGCCGAUCGGUGUAUCUGUUGGAAUCAUCCCUUGGAACUUUCCCGUGAUCCUGGCUGCGACAAAGAUCGGUCCUGCAUUGGUCGCCGGAAGUCCCCUCAUACUGAAGCCUUCUCCAUUCACCCCUUACUGCAACCUCAAGAUCGCGGAGCUAGCAAUGCAGUUCCUCCCUCCGGGAGUUCUUCAGGCUCUGAGCGGUGACGACAACCUGGGAGCUUGGUUCACUGAGCACCCCGGCGUGGCCAAAGUUGCUUUCACCGGCUCGACGAGCACCGGGAAGAAGGUGAUGCAGAGUUGCAGCAAGAAUCUGACACGCGUCACUUUGGAACUUGGCGGGAAUGACGCUGCGAUCAUCUGUCCAGAUGUUGAUAUUCAGACCGUUGCGUUGCAUAUUGCAAUCAAAGCCCUACUGAACUCGGGCCAGAUCUGCAUCGCCGUCAAGCGUGUCUACGUGCACGCAAGCAUCUACGACGCGUUCCUCGCUACCAUCACCGCCAUAGCCAAGUCGUUCCCGGUCGCUGACGGGUUCACUGAGGGCGCCUUCAUCGGCCCUGUCCAGAACGCGGCCCAAUACAAGAUCGUGCAAGACUUGAUGGACGAUGUUGCCAAGAAUCAGUUCCGAGUGACCACAGACGGCGAGAGACCGCCCCUGCCAGAGAAGGGCUUCUUCUUCAACCCCAUGAUCGUGGAUAACCCGCCUGAUGACGCAAGAAUCGUCCAGGAGGAGCCAUUCGGUCCCGUUUUCCCAGUCAUGAAAUGGACAGACGAGGCGGACGUUGUACGCAGAGCAAACGACAGUGACGUGGGACUGGGCGCGUCGGUCUGGUCAAACGAUAUUGCGGCGGCCGAGCGAAUCGGCCGCCAACUGGAGGCAGGGACAGUCUGGAUCAACGGACACUCUGAGCUUUACCCAGAUGCGCCAUUUGCCGGUCACAAGCAUAGCGGUAUUGGUGCUGAGCUCGGCGUGCAAGGGAUUCAAUCAUAUUGCAACGUCCAAACUAUCGCUGCGUAUAAGCAGAUCACUCCCCCAGAGAUGUAA